UGAAGAUCUAGCGGGUGUAGGGGUCAGAAAAGUCAGAAAAGAAACAGAACGAUCAAGGAGUAAUCUACCAGAAACAUUCACAAUGGCUAUCCACAAGAACCUCCCAAUUCUUAAGAACCACUUCAGAAAGCACUGGCAAGAAAGAGUCAGAGUCCACUUGGACCAAGCCGGUAAGAAGGCCUCCAGAAGAUCUGCCAGAGCCGCCAAGUCCGCCAAGGUUGCUCCAAAGCCAGUCGACUUGUUGAGACCUGUCGUCAGAUGCCCAACUAUCAAAUACAACAGAAAGGUCAGAGCUGGUAGAGGUUUCACCGUCGCGGAAUUGAAGGCCGUCGGCUACUCUCCAAAAUACGCCAGAACCAUUGGCAUUGCUGUCGACCCAAGAAGAGUCAACAGAUCCACCGAGUCCUACGAAACCAACGUCUCCAGACUCCAGAAAUACAAGGACUCCUUGAUCAUCUUCGACAAGAGCACCAAGCCUUCCGGUGAACAAGUCUCCAUUGCUGCUGCUUUCCCAGUUGAGCAAUUCGCCCCAGAGUCUGCUCCAAGAGCCGUUGUUGUUCCAGAAGAAACCGCUUACAGAACCUUAAGAUUGGCCAGAUCCGAAAAGAGAUACAAGGGUGUUAGAGCUAAGAGAGCUGCUGAAAGAGCCGAAGCUGAAGCCGACAAGAAGAAAUAAGCAUGAUGCCUAUUAAUCCCCUGGUUUUAUAUAUAUAAUUAUCACCACAUUAAUAUCAUACUAUAGUCUUAAAUAACGUCUUUCACUUUACUCUACCGGUUUUACAAUAAAAAUAUCUAAUAAAAUCUAAAUCUUGUCUGGCCGUAGUGGAAUCAGAAGUUCAAGGUUGAAUUAAAUUAUACAUACCCAAAGGAAAAGAAAACAAAGUAGGAGCAACGGAGUCGGCCCUAUGUUACUAUAUAGCUCUUAUAUACCCUUUUGCUGUUGGCUGGACACAUUUAAUCGAACAAACCGAAACCCAUGUCGUCGUCGGAUUCCUCCUUGGCUUCUUCUUCUUC